ACAUUGAGCUGACCCGGAUGAACAAAAGAUUGCGGAGUCGUCGGUUAGGUAAGCCUGGACACUCUCCAUCCGGGCAGCAAUAGAUCGCGGCGUUUUGGCCUCCUAUCCCAGUUCCCACCCUAUCCGGCGAUCGAUAUCGCAGCUACAGAGAUCGUGAGAGAGAGCAUGGCUUCUUCUCUCCUCUCCUUAUCCCUUCUUAGCCCUCUCCCCUCUUCCUUCUCACCUAAAACCCUCUCCCAACCCCACCUCCUCCUCCGCCGCCAGCCGCGCCUCGCCGUCGCGUCUCGGGCCAAGAACGGUAACUCCGGCGCCGACCCCGCCGACCGCCUCCUCGCCGCCGCCUGCUACCUCUACCCCUUCCUUGACGGUGUCCAGUACGGCCGCUACGUCCUGACCCAGUUCCCGGCAUUCCAGGUCCUCCUUCAGCCCCUCCUCCCUGCCAUCCACCUCUUCCGCGCCUCCCCCCUCAACGGCUUCCUCCUCUUCCUCACCCUCUACUUCGCCAUCGUCCGCAAUCCGUCCGCCUUCAGCCACUACGUCCGCUUCAACACCAUGCAGGCCAUUGUCCUCGACGUCCUCCUCAUCUUCCCCGAUCUCCUCGAGCGCACCUUCAACCUCCGGGAAGGCCUUGGCUUUGAACUACUUCAGAGCGUCGACAGCACCGUCUUCUUCUUCCUCCUGGUCUCCUUGGUCUACGGAUCGACUUCCUGCCUCCUGGGCCACAUCCCCAGGUUGCCAAUCGUCGCCGAGGCUGCCGAGCGGCAGGUCAUGUGAGUUUCCCGCUGCCCUCCUCUCUUCUAGCUGCUCCGGUUAGGAAAGGUUCGAUCUUGAACGCUUUUUUGGACCUCUAAUUGGUGGCUUGGGUCGAUACUUGAUAAUGGUGGGAAAUUGGAGGGAGAGCAAUUUCAUUUUGCCUCUUGAUGAACCCUCCCCCCAAAAAUGUUGCUUCGCGAUGAGAUUGGGUGGAAUUGAGAGACGGGUUGGGUUGUUUUGUCGAUUCUUGUUGUAUUGCUGCUGGUUUAUCAAUCCCAUACUCUAAACUGAAAAUUCAGCUCUUUUGUUCUAUAGGGAUGGGGAAAUCCCUUCUCCUUGCUAAUAGUAGUGAUAAAUUGGGGAGAGUUGGCACUUCUGCCAGGUUGAGAUGGAUGAGGUUUGGAAGAUCUGUGUCUUUGUUGGUUGCUCGUUCUUACAUGCCAUUUCUAGUUUUUAGUUCUGGGA